AUGCUAGGCGUGGCUCCCGGUGUUUACGUUGCUAUGCCAGCCGAGGCUCCCGGUGUUUACGUUGCUAUGCCAGCCGAGGCUCCCGGUGUUUACGUUGCUACUUAUGCCAGCCCCGAGGCUCCAGGGUAUUUCGUUGCUAUGCGGCCGUGGCUCCGGUGUUCACGUUGCUCUAUGCCGCCCGGGCUCCGGUGUUUGCACGUUGCUAUGCGGCGAGGCUCCGGUGUUUGUUGCUUCGCCUUGCGGCCCGUGGCUCCGGUGUUCACGUUGCUAUGCGGCCGUGGCUCUCCGGUGUUCUACGUUACUUUAUACCGGCCGGUAUGGCUCGGUGUUCGUUGCUAUACCGAAGCGGGCUCUGUGUUUCACGUUACUUUAUGCCACGGCCCUGGCUCGGUGAUGCGUUGCUAUGCCAGCAAAUUUGGCUCAGUGUUUCGCGUUGCUAGCCGCCAGCCGUGGCUCCCGGUGUUUGCGUUGCUAUGUCAGCCCUGGCUCCCGUUCCCAGGCGGGGCUCCCGGUGUUUACGUUGCUAUGCUAGGCGUGGCUCCCGGUGUUUACGUUGCUAUGCCAGCCGAGGCUCCCGGUGUUUACGUUGCUAUGCCAGCCGUGGCUCCCGGUGUUUACGUUGCUAUGCCAGCCGUGGCUCCCGGUGUUUACGUUGCUAUGCCGGCCGUGGCUCCCGGUGUUUACAUUGCUAUGCCAGCCGUGGCUCCCGGUGUUUACGUUGGUAUGCCGGCCGUGGCUCCCGGUGUUUACGUUGCUAUGCCGGCCGUGGCUCCCGGUGUUUACGUUGCUAUGCCAGCCGAGGCUCCCGGUGUUUACGUUGCUAUGCCGGCCGUGGCUCCCGGUGUUUACGUUGCUAUGCUACCCGGGCUCCCGGUGUUUACGUUGCUAUGCCAGCCGUGGCUCCCGGUGUUUACGUUGCUAUGCCAGCCGAGGCUCCCGGUGUUUACAUUGCUAUGCCGGCCGUGGCUCCCGGUGUUUACGUUGCUAUGCCGGCCGUGGCUCCCGGUGUUUACAUUGCUAUGCCGGCCGUGGCUCCCGGUGUUUACGUUGCUAUGUUAGCCCUGGCUCCCGUUCCCAGGCGGGGCUCCCGGUGUUUACGUUGCUAUGCCGGCCGUGGCUCCCGGUGUUUACGUUGCUAUGCCAGCCGUGGCUCCCGGUGUUUGCGUUGCUAUGCCGGCCGUGGCUCCCGGUGUUUACGUUGCUAUGCCGGCCGAGGCUCCCGGUGUUUACAUUGCUAUGCCGGCCGUGGCUCCCGGUGUUUGCGUUGCUAUGCCGGGCGGGGCUCCCGGUGUUUACGUUGCUAUGCCGGCCGUGGCUCCCUGUGUUUACGUUGCUAUGCCGGCCGUGGCUCCCUGUGUUUACGUUGCUAUGCCGGCCGUGGCUCCCGGUGUUUACGUUGCUAUGCCGGCCGUGGCUCCCGGUGUUUACGUUGCUAUGCCGGCCGUGGCUCCAGGUGUUUACGUUGCUAUGCCGGCCGUGGCUCCCGGUGUUUGUUGCUAUGCCGGGCGGGGCUCCCGGUGUUUACGUUGCUAUGCCAGGCGGGGCUCCCGGUGUUUACGUUGCUAUGCCGGGCGGGGCUCCCGGUGUUUACGUUGCUAUGCCGGGCGGGGCUCCCGGUGUUUACGUUGCUAUGCCAGGCGGGGCUCCCGGUGUUUACGUUGCUAUGCCAGGCGGGGCCAGCCCAGCAGUGACAGCGCUCAGUGUGGCCGCCCGCGGCUUCCGUCGCAGCUGA